CCCUCUUCAAGCUUGACAGGAUCCUUAGCCCAUUCUCCACUACUUCUUUAAGAGCUAGAAUCUUAUUGCGUCUGCGUCGAUGGGUGGCCUAUUAAUGGAAGUAGGAUGAGUUUUGUUCUCCCAGAGUGACCCAUUUUGUUGUGUCCCUUUGAAACCACGACUUCUUCCUGACCAAACAAAGAAUCCGAAUCAGCUUCCAGCUUCAAGAGACCCGGAUUCACAUCUCUGGUAAGCUUGAUUUGGUCUCCUUGUAGCCUAGCUAGAAGUUUUUCUUCCUGUGUUGGAGAAUGCUGAAGACCGUUGUAUUCCAGAUCUGCAACAUCUUCUUUCCACAUUUCUGCAAAACAAUCUUGAAAAUGCUGAUGGAGUAACCAUGUCUCUUCAAAUGAAAAGGGUUGUUCCUUCUGGCAGGUCUAUCUUGAGAGGAACUGGAAUUCAGCACAAAGAGGUGGUCUGAAUGAAUCUUGGGGAGAUGCUGCACCAUGGUGUUUGGCAAGGAAGAAUUCCACUUCACAUUUCAAAGUGAUUUGUCUAUCCUGCUUUUCUUGAAAGACUGGUUUGGUUCUCCUCUGUAUCAAAUGUAUCGAGCUCUAGAAAAUGUCAAUUCCAUAAGGUUAGCUAGGUCGAUCCAAUUAGCAAGUCGUUUGCCUCAAUUUUUCCAAUGGAAACCGGUAAGCAUUGAAGUCACCUGUGACUAACUAAGGAAGAUAUAAGGUUUUGCUAGUCUGAAUGAGGUUUUCCCAUAGCUGCUAAUGGAACUUGUACUCUACCAUAUACACUGGUGAGCAGCAAAUUACGGUGCCCUGCACUAGAAAUUCUUGUUGUAAUAUGUUCUUUACUAGUUUCGAUCAACAAGACGUUAAAAUCUUCUGGUUUCCAAGCCAACCUGAUCCCUCCUUUCUUCUAUCUGCAUCAAUUCUAGAAACCUCCCCAAAUCCCAGCCUAUUGCAUAAUGAGUUGGAAUGAUCACCUCUUAUCUGAGUCUCGAAGAUAAAAAGAAAUUGGGGCUUGUAGUUAUGCACUAGCAGCUUUAUUGCUCUUCUAAAUUCUCUGCUACCUGCACCACACAUUCGAUGCUAGGAUUUUGAAAUUUAGUUGACUAGACAUAGAUAAACGAUUGUAAAGGGA